AUGGCCGACGUCGUCGACGCGGGCGCCGCCGACGAGCCCGACCGCAGGACGCGCCCGGCGUCCAUGUCUUCCGAGGGGAUCGACCACGACUACGACCACGACGACAAGCCCAUCGAGUGCCAGGCGUUGGCGCCGUCCCCGGCGCGCUCCGCGGGGCACGCGCUCGAGGAGCCGCCGAGGCGGCGUGCGCCUUCCCGCCGUUCCCGGCCGAUGCGGAUGUUCCAGAGCAUGUGCCGGUCGCUCCCGCUGCUGAACCCGCGGUGCGGGCGGCAGCUGCAGCCCGGUGCGUGCCGGAUCGCGACGCCGGCGCGGCUCACCCCGUCGGACUCCCUGCUGUCGCAGCUCAUGGGUUCGUCCUCCAGCGCGGCGGCGUCCCGGCACCGCCUCACCGGCACGCUCUUCGGCUACCGCGACGGCCGCGUCUCGCUGUCCCUGCAGGACAACGCGCGGUGCCGCCCCACGCUGGUCGUGGAGCUCGCGCUCCCGACGCACGCGCUGCUCCGCGAGCUCGGUGCCCACGCGGGCGCGCGCAUCGUGCUGGAGAGCGAGAAGCACGCGGAUAGCGGCGACACCACCGACGCCGCCGCCGGUGCCGCCGGCGUGGGCGGCGCCAGCUUCAAGCGCCACGACGACGACGACGGGUGGGUGCUGGAGGAGCCCAUGUGGACCAUGUUCUGCAACGGCAAGCGCGUGGGGUACGCGGUGCGGCGGGAGCCCACCGACGAGGACAUCGCCGUGCUCGAGACGCUGUGGGCCGUGACCAUGGGCGGCGGCGUGCUCCCGGGAAGGUCGGACGUGGACGGGCCCGACGGCGAGAUGGCGUACAUGCGGGGGAGCUUCGAGCACACGGUGGGAUCCCGCGACUCGGAGUCGCUCUACAUGGUCGGCCCACCCGGCGGCGACGGCCCGGAGCUCGCCAUCUUCUUCGUUAGGCUAUGAUGCAUCCAACGAUCUUACGGACGCCGCAGCAUUCGUGGCUAAUUUUCCUCCCCUCCUCUCUCUCUGGUCUCUCGUUCAGCCUGAGCGUCAGAAAUUUUCACUGCU